ACACACACACACACACACACACACACACACACUCACUCUUCAUUUCCUGCGGGGUGACGGUCCUCCCCCUCUCCCUGUAAACACACCCACAGCCUCCAGUGAGAGGAGCACUGGGAGCGCAGGAGGAGGACCGUCACUGAGGAGCAGAGCUGCGACGCACGAGCAACGCCUCCACACACCUCCGCGCAUCCUUUUACGCUGAACCCUGUCUAUUCUCUCACGUUUAAAAUCAACUCCAGGAGAGAAUUUUUUUUUGCAGAGAAUCAAGUGUCUAGCUCGUUAUCCGGGGGUACAAAACGUCCCCACACUGUCCGAGUUUACGCCAGCAUUUUCGGGAAUACGCGCGGAGUUGUUCGCACUCCCCGGGCGCAGGCUUGCAUCGUGGCUCUUCCAGAAGUGGCAUGUUCGAGGGAUACCACGGGCACUAUUGAACUCCUGCUUUCACCCAAAGAGGAUUCAAUGAAAAUGUCCGUGUGUGUCCAUGAGAACAGAAAAUCACGAGCCAGCACUGGCUCGAUGAACAUCUACCUGUUCCACAAGUCCUCCUACGCUGACAGCGUCCUCAUGCACCUCAACUCACUGAGGCAGCAACGGCUCUUCACAGAUGUCCUGCUCCAUGCUGGCAGUCGCUCCUUCCCCUGCCAUCGUGCCGUGCUGGCCGCCUGUAGCCGAUACUUUGAGGCCAUGUUCAGCGGCGGGCUGAGGGAGAGCCAGGCCAGCGAGGUCGACUUCCGAGACUCCAUUCAUCCAGAGGUUUUAGAGCUCCUGCUGGAUUAUGCGUACUCGUCACGUGUUGUCAUCAACGAAGAGAAUGCAGAGUCCUUAUUAGAGGCAGGGGACAUGCUGGAGUUUCAGGACAUCCGAGAUGCCUGUGCUGAAUUCCUCGAGAGGAACCUCCACCCGUCAAACUGCCUUGGCAUGCUGCUGCUGUCCGAUGCCCACCAGUGCACCAAGCUGUCAGAGCUCUCCUGGGGCAUGUGCCUCAGCAACUUCCCGGCUAUUUGCAAGACAGAGGACUUCCUCCAACUGCCCAAAGAUAUGGUGGUGCAGCUUUUGUCACAUGAGGAGCUAGAGACUGAAGAUGAGAGACUGGUUUAUGAAGCUGCCCUGAACUGGAUCAACUAUGAUUUGGAAAAGAGGCACUGCCACCUUCCAGAACUCCUGAGAACCGUUCGUCUGGCUCUGCUUCCGGCCAUCUUUCUGAUGGAGAACGUAUCCACAGAAGAGCUGAUCAACGCCCAGGCCAAGAGCAAGGAGCUUGUGGACGAAGCUAUCAGGUGUAAGCUGAAGAUCCUGCAAAAUGAUGGUGUCGUUAACAGUCCAUGUGCCAGGCCGAGAAAAACCAGCCAUGCUCUCUUCCUUCUGGGUGGGCAGACCUUCAUGUGUGACAAGUUAUACUUGGUGGACCAGAAAGCCAAAGAGAUUAUCCCCAAGGCUGACAUCCCAAGCCCUCGUAAAGAGUUCAGCGCCUGUGCCAUCGGCUGUAAAGUGUACAUUACUGGUGGUCGAGGCUCUGAGAAUGGCGUGUCCAAAGAUGUGUGGGUCUACGACACAGUCCAGGAGGAAUGGUCCAAGGCGGCACCAAUGCUCAUUGCAAGGUUUGGUCAUGGUUCUGCUGAGCUGAAACACUGUCUCUACGUUGUAGGAGGUCAUACUGCAGCAACUGGCUGCCUUCCAGCCUCUCCAUCAGUAUCACUCAAACAGGUGGAGCAGUUUGACCCAGUGGCGAACAAGUGGACCAUGGUUGCUCCUUUGAGAGAGGGUGUGAGUAAUGCAGCAGUGGUCAGCGUCAAACUCAAGCUCUUCGCCUUCGGAGGAACAAGCGUCACCCACGACAAGCUGCCUAAAGUGCAGUGCUACGAUCCGCAAGAGAACCGAUGGACUGUACCCGCAUCCUGCCCGCAACCUUGGCGCUACACCGCCGCUGCUGUGCUUGGAAACCAAAUCUUCGUCAUGGGUGGGGAUACCGAGUUCUCUGCAUGCUCAGCCUACAAGUUCAGCAGUGACACCUACCAGUGGACUAAAGUUGGGGAUGUAACAGCCAAGCGUAUGAGCUGCCAGGCUGUUGCAUCGGGGAAUAAACUGUAUGUGGUGGGUGGGUACUUUGGUACGCAGCGGUGUAAAACUCUGGACUGCUACGACCCCACACUGGAUGCUUGGAACAGCAUCACUACCGUGCCGUACUCGCUCAUCCCCACUGCGUUUGUCAGCACCUGGAAACAUCUGCCUGCCUGAGCCCCCCAAAAACCUCCACACCCUUUUCAUGAGAUUUCCCUGUUUUGCAUCAUCUACUGGACUCCGACUGUGAAGAAGCACACACCAUCCUCCUCUAAAAAGAGACACUGGGCAGUGAUGUACAGACACCCGCAUUCAUCUCGACGUUGCAAAGAAACAGAUGCAGAAAAACACGUACAGCUGGACACUUUUACUGGAAUGAUGUCACGUCUCGUCCCUGCGAGGGAGGCGUACAGUUCUGCCGCUCCAUGUAAACAAACAAACCGAACACACCGCUGCUUGUUGUUUGAGGCACAGGCUACCGACUGUGCGUACGUGUGGCACAUCAGGCUUUCACGCUGCAAUAUGAGGACUGCGAAAAACAUCACACACUUUCCCAUUUAGUCAUGAUCGGCUUGUGAGGGUGUGUAUUGACGAGAAAAAAAAUACUCUUUUCAUGGAGACUGCAAUGUAUAGCAUGAUGGAUGUUCUAUUUAGAUGGAAGGAGGGAGAACGCAAUGAUUGCUGUGCUUAUGAACAGAAAGCGACUCUGUUUGACUGAGUUGAGGUGAUUUAUGAAAGGCACAAUGAAGGAGCUAAUCUCCCCCUUCUUUCCUCUAAUAAGCUCUUUUAUCUGACCCUUUUGUUUCUCAUUUUUCCUUCCUUCUGAAGACAUGCUUUGACACAAGAACAAACCUUUGAGUGCUCCUCUCUUGCUGUCGCUGCGAGCCUCAAGGUGUCGAUGACCGACACCAGCUGAGGUUGAGGGUGAUAGCGGGGGUCGAGGUGCCUCGGGGUCACGACCUUAAAUGUUUGCUGUUUUGCGGCUACGCAUUAACGCCCGCUGAGUGCCGGUUAACCAACCCGCUUGCACACAGGGGCAGUAUUCAGUGUCAGGAUUCAACACUGUCACAUUCAGCUGUAUGCUUAAUGCUGUAAUGGACCGGCUGUGCUUCUGUUAUUCUGAUAAAAGCUGCGGCUCGCUUGCUGAGUCAUAGCUGAAUCGUUUUUAGAGCAUGUCCACUCAUAGUGAUUCAGUGAAACUGGCAUGAACUCUUCUCUGUGCUCGCAGAAAUAUUGUCACCUUAACCCUAAACUGAGAAUUAAUCAGUUUAUUUUUUAAAAAACUUGCUGCAAUGUAGUCUUAAUUUAUAUGACAAUGAUAACUCUGUUAUGUUAAUAUGUUUAAUCCUAUUUAUUUCUUCUCUGCCUGCAUUCUUAUGUGAAUGUAUGUCUGGGUUAUGUCAUGCAUGGCCAGGUGUUGUGUUCUUUUUUAAAAUCUCAGUUGGGCUGCAUUUUGCACAGUUCAGACUUUCCCAGGUGGAGCUUGUUCUUUUUCAAAAUCCUCUCCAAGGAUUUUCAUUUAUGUCAGAGUGUGGAUGGAAGAGGAAGGCUGGCUCGGGUUACUGAUGUUGUGAAGCCAUAAAUAAGACUGAAUGGGGUUUAAAGUCUAAACCUGAGUUAACACUAAAACUACCAAAAGUCUAAAAUUACUAGAAUACCCAAAGUUAACCUCUUUUUUAAACAUUACUUACAUGUGAAUUUUAGCAUUAUGCAUAAAUUCUGACAUUAGAUGGAUCUCUAAUGAUUGGAUGGGUAAUUUAAAAGCCUCUCAAUAAGCACUACAUUAUAGAAUCUGUCACUGAAACACAUAAACCAGACGCUGAUUUAGAGAGUGAUUAUAUUAAUCCUUUUUUAAACAUAUUCUAAAGUUAGAGUAACUUUGGCAGCAGUAUCCGGCUUAGUUUUAACUCCUAGAUAAGUUAGCCUUGGAGUCACGCCAGUCUUUAAGAGCAAUGAACAUGGGUUAAUUAAAAUGAUUAUGGGCAUUUAACAAUUAAGAUUGUUAAGGCUAUUCAAUGCAAGAUAAUUUGGCUUGUCAUUCAUAUUUAAAGAAUUAGAAUGGUUGAUUUAUAAGCAGCAGCCUCCGUUUGGUCCAAAAAACUGCAGUUCCCAGAGUGUCCACUGGAGGCUGGCUGCAAAAGUUGAGGAAUCCCCAUUAACUCUCAUGUUAAAAUGCCCUUUUUAACAGCUAAAUUAAAGAUGUUUAUAGCCUGGUUAAAAGUAACAGUUUCAGUCUGAAUAGCUUAUUUCUUCAUUUGUAUGCAAUAUUGAAUUAGAGUAAGAGUUCUUUGUGGACGCCAUUGAGGCUACAUCCAUGUUGUAUGCGGUCUAUGGAUUUCAGCAUUGUAAUCUGCAUACAUGGCAAUGAAAAUUAAGAGGGCAAAUCAACAUAAAAUCACACAUAAGAUAGGAAAACAACAUGUUGGUAUGACAAUUUUAAUUUGAAACCAAAGUAUAAGAUUAAAUAAUAAAUAAUAAAACACUGUCAGAAUGAAUAAUCAACAUAUAAAGGGCCAUUCAGACCCUUGUAGUUACAUGAGUUUAUUUUGGCAAAGUUGUAACAUGACUGCUUUGGUAGUUUUAGGGUUAAAUCCCUCUAUUUGGACCAAAAUAGGUUCAACACAACAAGAAGGUAUGAACCAUAAAACCAGAUAAGACUGCUGGAAUGAUGCAGUGUGUGACCCAGUAUUUAUCAGGGACGUUACACAGCGACCCUGACACGGUGAAGAAUGCGACAGUCUCUGCAGCUGUCCCAAGGACAGCUGGAGGACUGUCACAUGUGCUAACUUGGCUUCUUAGAGAGUUAACCCUCCCCUUGUCUUCUUCUUCUUCUCCAUCAGAAUGAGGAAGAGCUGAAUCCAGUAAGCUGUGCAUUGAUAAGGGCAGACACCGCAGUGCUUUUCACCAUAGUCUCAAUAAUGCACAUAGUAGAAAAAAAGAAAAAACAUUGCAAGUUCCUAAAGACCAAAAAGAGAGAAUGUCUUAAAAUACUUGCAUAUUUGUUCACUCUGAUCAGUGUUUCUGUCUGUGUGUCUGUCUCUGUGACCUGAGCAUUGACGUUCUGCAUUUGAAUAUUAAUGUAAUCAUUGAAUUUCAAUGUAAGAGGUAAUGUUUUGGUAGGAUGUGUAUAUAUUUUUCAAAUGUCCUUCCUUGUGGCGUCAUACAUCCAAUCAAAUCAAAUCUGUGGGGAUCAGUUUGUAGAAAGAAAAAAAAAAACACUCAGUAAAUUCCUGCUCAGCUCCUUAAGCCACCCAAGAGCUCAUCCUUUUAUUGGCCAUUUCCAAAGCCUUCUAUAGGGACCCUUGUGGCUCCAUAAUGUUGACCUCCUCAGACCGCUGAACACAGAGCGGCUGGCUCGACCAAUCAGAUGCGAGCGUCUCCUUCCCAUAGGUCCCAAGUUUCCCCAGCAACAGCGAGUAAUGAAUGCCCCCUUCAAUUUGCACCUAAUUGCUGAGUGGCAUUUCCCUGUUCCUGCUCCUGCCCUCCUCUUUAUCCUGUGUUUUAUCUGGAAAAUCCAGCUGGCUCACAUUGGAGCGCAGAAUCUUGCCUCACAUGAUGAUGUAAAUUAGACAGAAAAAAAUACUGUCAGUGUGCAUCAGUUUCAUUUGACUGUCAUGUAAGAGUUUAAUUUCUAUUUUUAUGGCAUUAUUUUGUACAUGUGAUUUUUUUCACAAUGUGAAAUUCAUGGCUAAUAAACAUAAGAGUUUUUUCCUCUUGACUGGAA